AUGGGGUCCACAGCAGAGAUCCGACCCAAGGCAGAAGCCAUCCCUUACCGCGGCAAGCCUCUGCCGAACGUCCCUGACGAUCUUGUGGUACCAGACGUCCUCCAACUCGACUGUGAUGAGAAACUGUGGGUGCCUCAAGCGCCCGACGUGUGGUUCCGGCCACUCUUAUUCCACGUGAGCCAAGGGUAUUUCGUCAACAUACUCCGCGUGCGACGCUCCGGAAUCCUCUCUCGACAUCGACAUUCAGGCCCCGUCUGUGCAACAACUCUCAAGGGCAGAUGGCACUAUCUUGAACACCCUUGGUGGGCCACAGAGGGUAGCUUUGCAUUCGAGCCUCCAGGAGACAUCCAUACUCUUGAAGUACCGGAGGGAGUCGAGGAAAUGAUCACUUUGUUCCAUGUCACUGGAGCUUACAUCUAUGUCGACCCGGACGGACACCCGCUUGGUGUGGAGGACGUAUUUAGUAAGCUUGAAAGUGCAAGAGCUCAUUAUGAGAAGGUUGGUCUAGGAGGAGAUUAUGUCAACCAAUUCAUCCGAUAA